AUGGCUUUAGACCUCGUUAGCAUCGCGCAGCCACACUACAUUCCUGGCUACACGGGCCACUGUCCAGAAUACAAGUAUCGUAUUGGCGACACAUAUGGGUCCACCACGCACAAGAUCCUCUUGGACCCUAGUGUGAAUCACUCGGAGAGGCUCGUGCUAUCUGACCGGACGGCUGAUGACUUUCAGAUAUUCCGGCCAGCACAAACGGAUGUGGAUAUUGUCAACGCACGGUUUCGAAAUGGCGAUCCUGUGUACAAGCAUCCGAUGAUACCGGGAUAUGAAGGCUUUCUUCCACGACUGAACGCACAUUUUGGACAAAGAUACACCGUGUCAGCGACUGAAGCCUUGUCCGAAUUUCAAAAGUCGCAAUUGAACCAGAGAGCUGCUAGGCACCAGCUAGAAAGAGUCGUAGACUUGCAAGAGGGCAAAGGAAAGCCUUGGGACUUGGUUGACAGAUUCUCCGCGACUGCUGAAUUCAAGUUACCCUUAGUGGUGGUGAGACCUGAAUGUGCGGGAAUACUCAGAGAUCUGCCGAUGGACGAGCCUAAACUUUCACCAGCUUCUCAUUCUAUCAGUCCGUACUUCAUGGAAAAUUCAGAUCCCCAGAAAUAUAUUAAGAAAGGAUUUGCUGGUCAUGUGCCAUACGGCUUCCAGCGUUUCGGGGAUUCAUCUAAGAAAUUGACAAAUUCUGCUCUAUGUGAUUUCUCGUCGAAUUAUAGGCGUCGGCAAAGUACAGAAUGGGCACCUGUGAAUGUAGUCAAGCCUGAUCCUCCCCUAUCCAUUAAUCCAACGGAGAUCUAUCACAAGCACGUCGGAAUGUUGCCGAACUACGCUGGUCAUGUACCGGGAUGUUUGUUCAGAUUCGGCAAGACCUACGGCAACGACACUCGCGACGCCAAGCGGUGGCUGCGCGGUGACUUCAAACCAUAG